GGGGAAAGGAAUUGAAAAAAUCACAUUCAACCCUACUCGUCGAAAGAUCUGAGAAUCUGCGUAUAGUAUCUGUCGAAGACGGAGCUUCCCUCCCUACGCCUCUAUCGUUUUUCUCAACUCGGAAAAAGCCCAUCAACUCGCUGCAACCGGCAUUGUAGCCGUAUUCAUUUCUGCCGGCUUCUUCCAAAUCACAAGCCUGACGCCCUCACCCCGUCUGCUGUGCGUCUCACAAACACACUCCGCACCUCAUUUGGACAAAACGACCCGAUCCUGUUCAUAUACCCGUUUUUCCAGACGUUACAGGACGUGUACGAGGACUCCAUACUCCAGUUGGAGGCUGGAGUGUCCUACCCUUGUCCCCCACGCGUUUUCUCCAGGUCUUAUGGACAUCAACUCGUGGACAACAAUGCUUGUUGACUUUGCAGUCCUCCAUAUAAUGUUUUUCUUAGAUUAAAUUUGCAACCAACCCGUCAACCUUUUUAUGGGAGAAAGUUGAAAUUAGAUGUUAUUGCAGCCCAUUUACCUCUGGAAAUGGAGGAGACACAAUACGAAGCAGGGCCUGCAGAGCAGAAACUUCUAACUGCCGCUUGCCGGCCUUUCAAUAUUGUUGAAAAGUUGGGAUCUGUUUCUGUGGAUGCCAAAAAAGAAAUGCUCAGUAAUAAAGAAAUAACUGAAAAUGAAGUAGACAUUAGUUCAUUGUCUCAAACAGCAUCCCAGAUCCUCUGGAGAACUGGAACACUUUCUGAGCCAAUUCCAAACGGUUUCUAUUCUGUUGUUCCUGAGAGAAGGAUCAAGGAACUUUUUGAAGAUAUUCCUACAAUUGACGAGCUUCAUGCAUUGGAGCAUGAGGGUUUAAGAGCUGAUAUUGUACUUGUAGAUGCAGAGAAAGAUAAGAAGCUUUGUAUGCUAAAACAACUGACUGUUGCACUGGUGAAAGGCUUGAACUCAAACCCUGCAGGAAUGGUCAAGAAGAUUGCUGGAUUGGUUUCUGAUGUUCAUAAACGCCCCAAUUUGGAUCUCAGUCCUGCUAAAUCUGUACUCGAGGAAACCUCUCAUGUUUCCAACAACCGAAGUAUCCAGAUGUUAGGACAAAUAAAACAUGGGUCAUGCCGCCCUCGAGCAAUACUAUUCAAAGUUCUUGCAGAUACUGUAGGUCUUGAAUGUAGGCUAAUAGUGGGUUUGCCUACAGAUGGUGCUUCUGAUUUCACAGACUCAUAUAAGCAUAUGUCUGCAUUAGUUGUGGUGAAUUCCAUGGAACUUCUUGUGGAUCUCAUGAGGUUUCCUGGCCAAUUGAUCCCUCAUUCUGCCAGAGCUAUUUAUAUGACCCAUGUAUCUGCUGCUGGGGAGAGUGACUCUGCAGAAAAUGAUUCCUGCGAUUCACCAUUGGAGCCUAAUAGCCCUCUAUAUGGGGUUUCAGAGAGAGGAGAUCUAGAUAGUGUUGAUAAAGAUGACGCUGCCCAGUACCAGCGAAGACUAGAAGCUUCUUCAAAUACAACUGGAACUUCACUGCGCAACAAGAUGUUCCGGUCAUCCACUUCCGUUGACAGGAAUUUGAGUUCAUCCCAUAGUGAUCCGAAUAUCGCUGCAACAUUUUGGAGGAGGGGUCGGAGCAAGGUUAUCAGUGAACCAAGGACCGCAAGCUCAAGCCCUGAACAUCCUUCGUUUAGAACACGUGGCCGAUCCAUGCUUAGUGGUGAUAAUAAAAGUUUUGGACAUUUUGCUGAUGACGUUGCUACAUCAAGGUCAGAGGGUGCAUCCACAUCAGAAACACGUCGUUUGAGAAGAAGAAGCAUUAGUAUAACUCCAGAAAUUGGUGAUGAUAUCGUAAGGGCUGUUCGCGCAAUGAACGAAACACUGAAGCAGAGUCGUCUCUUGAGUGAACAAGGAGAAAACAGGACAUUCCCUUGCACUUCAAAUGACAGAGAUAGUUCUUCCCAUCUUCAAAAUGAUGCAUCUAAUUUCAACUACAGUCACCUUGAUGGCGUGUCUGGUAGAGAAGCUAACGUGUUCACUACUUCAAGGGACCACCACAUGAGUUCCCAUAAGGCAAUUUCAUUGCCCUCCUCUCCUCAUGAAUUCAGGAGUCAGACUCAAUCAAGUGUGGUUUCUUCUGAGCACCACAUGGUGAAUGAAGAGAUGGUAUCAACUUGGAACAAGGUUCUUGAAUCUCCAAUGUUCCAGAAUAAGCCUCUGCUACCUUUUGAUGAAUGGAAUAUAGACUUCUCGGAGUUGACCGUUGGCAUACGAGUUGGGAUUGGAUUUUUUGGGGAAGUUUUUCGGGGUAUUUGGAAUGGAACAGAAGUAGCAAUAAAGGUGUUUUUGGAGCAAGAUCUUACUGCAGAAAAUAUGGAGGAUUUCUGCAAUGAAAUUUCCAUCCUCAGCCGUCUAAGGCACCCAAACGUGAUAUUAUUUCUUGGUGCAUGCACAACACCUCCACAUCUGUCAAUGGUUACUGAAUACAUGGAGAUGGGAUCUCUGUACUAUUUGAUUCAUUCAAGCGGUCAAAAGAAGAAGCUCAGCUGGCGGCGGAGACUCAAGAUACUGCGAGACAUAUGCAGGGGAUUGAUGUGCAUACAUCGAAUGAAGAUAGCUCACCGGGAUCUAAAAAGCGCGAACUGUUUAGUAAAUAAGUAUUGGACAGUGAAAAUAUGUGAUUUUGGGCUCUCAAGAAUGGUGACAGAUGCAUCCAUGCGAGACUCUACGUCUGCAGGAACUCCAGAGUGGAUGGCUCCUGAACUCAUUCGUAAUGAACCCUUCUCGGAGAAAUGUGACAUCUUCAGCCUUGGAGUUAUGAUGUGGGAGCUCUGUACCCUAAAUAGACCUUGGGAAGGUGUACCUCCGGAAAGGGUUGUAUAUGCUGUCGCUAACGAGGGGUCAAGGUUAGAGAUACCAGACACUGGCCCGUUGGGCAGACUUAUUGCAGAUUGCUGGGCGGAGCCUCAAGAACG